AUGGAUCCAGCAACGGAGCCCGAUACACCAGUGGAAGCAUGGAAGGUACUUCCGAACAAUACACAUGAGAGCUGGGUGAAAGAUCGUGGGUUACGGCGGCUGAAUCUGGGGAUCGCGCUUAUGUUCGCUUCGUCCGCUGGAACUGGGUAUAACGGAAGUCUCAUUAAUGGUUUGCUUGUCUUACCUCAAUUCUCAAACAUUAUAGGAGGUCUCAAUCCGAACAUCGUCGGGCUCAUCAUCGGAGCCACUUCUCUCGGAGCUUUCAUAUCGUUCACACCGGCAUCAUAUGUGGCGGAUAAGUUUGGAAGAAAGUGGUGUGUCGUCAUUGGAUCCUCGAUUGUGAUUAUCGCAUCUAUUCUCCAAGUCGCAACUUCAAGCCACUGGGCCUUCUUUGCUCUUCGAGUCCUGGCUGGUGCGGGAGUGGGUACAUCUCAGACAGCUGCGCCGCUGUUGGCAACCGAGAUCGCGCAUCCUCGCCAUAGACAAGUGGCCACAGCAUUAUACAAUGCCUUUUGGUGUGUGGGUUCGAUCACUUCGGCCGCUUUCACAUUUGCUACACUGUCUAUGGGUAAUAGCUGGUCUUGGAAGAUCCCAUGUGUGCUGCAGGCAUUCUUUCCCGUGGCUCAGCUGGUAGGUCUUCUCAUUGUGCCUGAGAGCCCCCGAUGGCUGGUGUCGAAGAAUCGGAAGAAUGAGGCACUGAAGAUACUGGCGCGUUAUCAUGCAAAUGGCAAUGAAGACGACAUAUUAGUGCAGAGUGAAUUUGAAAAGAUCUGCACCAGCAUCAAUGCCGAGACAAGUGAGCCUCGGAAAUGGAGCUCGUUCUUCUCAUCCAAGGGAGACCGACAUCGCCUGGCGAUCUGCGUUAUUGUUGGACUUAUGCAAGAGUGGGCUGGAAACGGCAUUGUUUCCUUUUAUCUCUCCCCGAUUCUGAAGUCGGUCGGGAUCGAAAAAGCGUCAGAUCAAGCAUCUAUCAAUAUUAGUAUGCAAGUGUGGAACUUGAUCCUCUCUUCAGUCGGAGCAAUGGCAUCCGAACGAUAUGGCCGGCGCAUUCUGUGGUUGAUGGCGACGGCGGGAAUGCUUAUGUUCUUAUCGAUCACAACCCUUGUCGCCGGUCUGUUCGCAGAACUAUACAUCAAAGCUGCCGGGCUGGCCGUGGUGCCGAUGCUUUUCCUCUUCUUUGCCUGUUUUGAUCUCGCCUAUUCGCCCUUGUUCCUUUCAUACCCGGCAGAGAUUCUGCCUUUCCAGCUUCGGGCAAAGGGUAUUGCAGUCACGCUCUCUGUUGAUGCCAUUGCAUGCUUCUUCAACCAAUACGUUAACCCGGUCGCCUUCUCGGCUAUCCAUUGGAAGUAUUACAUCGUGUAUAUCGGUUGUCUGAGUUUCUUCCUGGUAUCCGUUUAUUUCCUUUUCCCGGAGACCAAGGGUCGGUCCCUCGAAGAGGUUUCACGAAUCUUCGACAGCAGUGACAUCCAGGGCGUGGAAUUCAGGGACUCCAGCACGAGCACAGAUGAGAAGGAAGAAGGCGCAAAGGAUAGGAAAGUAUAG